UUUAGGACCCAGCAGUACAGCCGGUCAGGUAUGCACAGCUCAUGGACUAGAGCGAGGCAGACAAAGGCAAAAAGAGCUCGUGCCGCUUUCCUGCAGCAUCCACACCCACCCACUUCACUCCAUACACUCCAGCGCGGACUCCCCAGAGCUCUCCACCUUCAGCACCCGUCUACCACGGACCCUCCCGGACCUCUGUUGCCAUGGAGCUGGACUUUGGCCAUUUCGACGAGCGAGACAAGCCCCGUAACCCGCGGGGCGGGCGCAUGAACGGGCUGCCCAGCCCCACCCACAGCGCCCACUGCAGCUUCUACCGCACGCGCACCCUGCAGGCUCUCACCAACGAGAAGAAGGCCAAGAAGGUGCGGUUCUACCGCAACGGAGACCGCUACUUCAAGGGCAUCGUGUACGCCGUGGCCGUGGAACGCUUCCGCACCUUCGACGCCCUCUUGGCCGACCUGACGCGCUCCCUCUCCGACCACAUCAACCUUCCCCAGGGGGUCCGCUUCAUCUUCUCCAUCGACGGAACGCGCAAGAUCACCACCAUGGACGAGCUGGAGGAAGGAGAGAGCUACGUCUGUGCGUCCGAGAACAUCUACAAGAAGGUCGACUACACGAAGAACGUCAACCCCAACUGGUCUGUGAACGUGAAGGCCUCGGCCAGCCAGAAGAACCUGCAGAGCCUAGCCAGUAAGCAGGCCAGCGAAGCCCGGGAGGGCAAGGAGUUUGUUCGGCCCAAGCUGGUGACGGUGAUGCGGAGUGGCGUGAAGCCGAGGAAGGCCGUCCGCGUGCUGCUCAACAAGAAGACCGCGCACUCCUUCGAACAGGUGCUCACCGACAUCACAGAGGCCAUCAAGCUGGAGAGCGGCGUGGUCAAGAGGAUCUACACCCUGGACGGAAAGCAGGUCACCUGUCUUCAGGAUUUCUUUGGUGAUGAUGAUGUCUUCAUUGCCUGUGGCCCAGAGAAGUUCCGCUACGCCCAGGAUGACUUCUCCCUGGAUGAGAAUGCACACUACCCCUCUGGAACCAAACCCAAAUCAGCCCAGGGGGCCUUUAAUAACCAAGAAGGUUGCAGGAUGAUGAAGAAGAAAAGUCCAGGUCAGAUCCGGCGCAGCAAGUCUCCUGCUGAAUCGACCAAUGGGACGGCCUCCAGCAGCCAGCUCUCCACCCCAAUUUCCAAGCAGUCCCCCACCUCCACCCCCAACAGCCCAGGCAUCCACCGCAAGCAGAAGGAUCUCUACCUGCCCCUAUCUCUGGAUGAUGAUGAUUCUCUUGGGGAAUCCAUGUAGAGCCUCCUGUCUGUCAGCUGCUGCCUGCCUACCCGUCUCCCCCUGGCCUGCCACUCGGAGGUAUCUCUGGUGCUCUCCACCUUCACUGACGGCCAGUGUCCUCUAGUGUACUAUCCGGGAGGACUUCUCCAUUUGAUCUCUCCCUGGUGCCACGUGCUAUGUCUACCUGACCUUGGCCACCACGGCUGUUCCACCUUUUGCUGCUUGAGAAUUCACCACUAGAUCUUGUUUUUUAUAUCCUAUGUUUUUAAGAAUGUAUAUGCUGGGCGUAUACGACAAUGAUGUACGAAUUACUGCAUCUAACAAAUUCGCCAAGUCCUUCUAUUGUGUGAAAGUCCAGGGUUUACUCUUAUGCUCUCAGAAGGGGCACAUCAUUUACUAACAAGCGAUGCUUGUUGUUGUUGCUGUUCCCACAAUGUAACUUUUUUCCCCAGUUGAAAACCAUGCAUUCUGAUAUAGGGCAAAUCUCACAUUUCUACGAUUUUCCCAAUUCAAGUGCACAAUUCCAAGCAGCAAAUGGACUAUUUCUCUGGGGUGUAGUAGUCAGUAGUCACGUUUUGCUCAUAAUGUCCCUCUUUGUCCUCUCUCUUUCUGUGCUAUGGUUCAAGCUGUUAAAAGUAACGAGAACAUUUUUAGGGGAAGGCGCUUUAGCCGUGAGAGGUGAAUGUCCUCCUUUUCAUCUACUGUAAAUACUGUGUAUAGCCAUUGCAACAUCCCAGCUAAUGCCUAACAUUCAUAACUAUGCUUUCACAAAGCGUCAAUACAUCGCCUGCCAAACGUUGAGUCAACAUAACAUGUUUUCUGUGCAUCGUCUAUCUAUGAGGUCUUCAAAAACUGCAAGGCACAGUGGAGCCAAGCGGCUUUGAAACCGUGGGCAUGUAGAGUAGGGUUACUGGGGUAAGUUAUACUAGCGUGUACAAACCAACCAAAGCCAGAAAAAAAUUGCCCUUUUUAAAACAAACAAGCACGUCCUUUUAAAAAAUUUAAUAACGGUUUACGAUUCUUAAAUGUAUUUUGGUGAUGAUUAUUUGAACUCCUUUUUGUGACUGAUUCUACGAUGGAGACUUCAAUGGAGAUGUGAUACAGCCAGGUGUACUUAUAUUGAGGCAAGUUUAGAAUAAAUGAUCAUGACAAUAAAACAAUAUGUCAAAGCCAAAGUAUAUAUUGUAUCAAGCAAAGUGGAAAUCUAAAAUGUAGAUCAUCUGUCGUUCCCCCAGUGGAGACAUACCUGUCUGCUAUUGUACUCUCUACUGUCUGUUUGUUACUGGGGCCUCCCAUGAGACCAUUCUAACCAGACCAUGUCCAUGUAGGGUAAAUAGAUUUUCACCAGCACAGAAAACAAUAGAGUAGAGCUUCUCACAUUUUGCAUGGCUAAAUCUUUUUUCUUAGUGCUUAUUGGUUGAAUACAAAAGUUUAGAUAAGAUGAAAUUGAAUUGUUUGUUCGAAGAAAAAAAAAGUAUUAUUAAAAAAAAUGAAGUAAUAUAUAUGUCUAAAACAUUCUUCCUUUUCUUGACGAGUCACACAUGAAUGGUUAUAGUAACGUCCUGUUCCUAGAGAGGAUGUCCGGCGAAAUCUGAUUAACACAUCAUUGUGUUAUAGUGCAGGCAUAUGGACAUUUUUCUGUGGCAGUCGUCCCAAAGAACAGUGUGAAAUACUAGACCAAGUAUUACAUAUGUAAAGUAUUACGUAUGUAAAGUAUUACGUAUGUAAAGUAUUUACGUAUGUAAAGUAUUACGUAUGUAAAGUAUUUACGUAUGUAAAGUGAUCCAGUGUGAACCUCUUUCUGGACCUGACCCAAAUCUGACCCAAAUGAGCAGCACAACACACUCGACUACUUACACCCGCCAUCUGCAGGGAGUGAUGUCACUGUGAUGUCAGCACUACAGCUGCAUGUCCACUUUUACAUCUUCUGGGAAUCAACACUUUGUCAAAUAAAAGUCUCUUCUGGAGAAUUCAGUUCUACUUUAUCUCACCAGCUGUUCAAUAUCUUGUCUCUUUGCCCCAGAUUUUCUACAGUUUAACAUGAACAGUGUCAGUCGGUUGUUUUGUGUGAUGCUGCCACCACCCUAUAAUUACAGGAGGUGUGGGCCAAACUCUCACCUCCAGUGGUGCCUCUUUUUUUUUGAUUGCCGUCUUUUGAUAAAUAAAUAAAAAAGAUUUUUAAAAACAAAACAAACAGGAAAACUAAGACAUGGCCUCUUUGUUAACAUACUGUUUGUAGAGCAUUUUUAAAUGUCUUGAAUUGUGGAGCUGCCAUCAGCGCAGUGUGAUCUCUCAUACAUUGUUUUUGAUAGAAUGCCAGGGUAACUAUAUCAUAGUGCAGACAUACUCUUUUUAUGUUCUCUCUGAAUGAAUCUCUUGAUGGAAUGAAUUGGGUUACUGGGAAAUGUACAACGUCCUCUUUAAUGGUGUUUUUUGCAAUGUCACAGUGGCUUGUUUCAGUGCUUCACUCUCUGUAUUAACCAAUUCCCUUUUGCAAUUAAAAGAGUUGUGUUCCACCUCC